AUGGCACAACCCGACCUUACCUCCCAUCACGUCAACUACUUAAUAUGGCGGUAUCUUCAAGAAUCAGGUCAUGGUGAUGCUGCUGUUUCUCUGCAGCGCGCAUGGUUCCCGGAUCCGCAGAGUCUUCCCUUUGCGCGCCACAUCAAAACCCAUGCCCUCGUCUCGCUGGUCCAAAAGGGCCUGCAGUACCACGAACUGGAGUCCUCGCUUGACAAGCCGUUCGAGGCCAAUGCCUUGAAGCGCCAGGAUGACGCUGGCACAGACCAUCCGGCGGAGCCCGCGCGUGACCGCGCAACCAAUGGACACUCACUUGAUGCCAGGCCGCGCAAGGAGACGAAUGGUGAUGAGUCUAUGGAAGUGGACGAUGAGAGCAAGGGCUCUGUGGAUGGCGAUGGAGAUGUGAGCAUGGGGGCCGAGGAGCAGGCCCCGGAACCCACCCUUUCAACCGGCAGCAGCGCCGGCGUCCAGAUCUCCCCCGCCAAGGCCGCCGAUUUGGCGCCCGACACCGCCCUCCUGCACGGCGAUGAUCACGUGAUGACCACUCGCUGGCGCCCCCGGGAUUCGACCCUACUCGUCGCUGCUGGCGAAACCUCCUGCAGCUUAUGGAAGCUAUCAUUAUCCUCGCCCCCCGAACAGAAUCGUUUCCUUGACCUGAAAGGCAGCAGUGCCUAUGUAUCCGGCGUGGCCUGGGAUGCCGUGGGCUCCAAAUUGGCCGUGGCCACCAUCCGCGAUAUGGAGAAGGGAGCGAUUACCAUGUAUAAUUCCGAAGGUAAUGUUGUCGAUCUUCUUCCUGAUCUCCCGCGUUUGAUCAGUGGUCUGCAUUGGUCCGACGAUAGUCCACAGUUGGUCGUCGUUGCGUCUGACGAACGAUCUUCGGAAUUGGCUCUUUGGGAUGACAGCCGCGGCCGGAUGUAUGGUGCUGUCUACCAAUGUGAAGUGGACGGUAACAUCCGCCUAACAAAAACCUACAACUCUCGGGACACCGACACCGCUUGGGCUUUCGUUCGUUCUGCCCACACAUCAUCAUACUCUGUUGCAGUUGCCGCAAGCUCUACAAAUUCCUCUAUUUGGAUUCCGACACAUGAUAUUUUGAUUGAAAAUGCCCACCAAGAUGCAAUCACCGCAAUUGAUAUUCGACCUGCAGAACCACAUUCACAACAAAAUUCCACAAUCACAAUCGCCUCUUACUCGAUCGAUACCUUUGUCCAUGUCUGGGAAGUGGACCUCGACUCGAAACAACAUAAACGCAUCCACCGCCUGCGUUUAGGUUCAUCAACCCCUGCUUUAGCUGGCAGCUUCUCGCCGGACGGAUAUGCUCUCUGUGCAGUUAGCCAGGAGAAGCUAUUCAUUUGGAAUGCCGAGCGUGGCGGGGAGCCCAUGGCCACAUGGACGGCUCCCAGCUCAGAACAAGUUAAGGAAGACCCCGAUCACCCCACGAAUGGACAGAACGGUCACGCAGCACCGGUCCCCGAUCGAGAUCUAUCUUGGGAUCACGACGGCAAAAAGCUCGCGUUUGGCUUUGGCGAUCAGGUAAAUACGCACUACUAUCAGGAAAUUUUUGCGGAUGCUAACCCUUUUAGAUGGCCAUCGUCAAUCUUCAGCGGUGACUAG